AUGGCUACAGAAGUAUACCCAGAGAAGCUUGAAACAACGCUAGGCAACAACAAAUAUUUCAAAAACCUGAAAUUUACAUUUCGAAAGAGCAGUCGUAAUAGUCCUUACUACAUCAAUUUCGAUUUCUACUCAACUUGUGGAUACGGGAAUAAUGUUUCGGUGAAAUGGGUACUGUUCGAGUACAUAAGUGGACGCUAUGUACAGGUACCAGUGCAGUUCGAAUAUAAACUCUGUGACUUUUUUUAUAAGGAUCCUUUCUUAGGGCAGAUGUACGCAAAACAAUUGCCUCCCAACUGGACCUGUCCUUUUCCUGCAGCUACAGAAGUAUAUCCAGAGAAGCUUGAAACAACGCUAGGCAACAACAAAUAUUUCAAAAACCUGAAAUUUACAUUUCGAAAGAGUAGUCGUAACAGUCCUUACUACAUCAAUUUCGAUUUCUACUCAACUUGUGGAUACGGGAAUAAUGUUUCGGUGAAAUGGGUACUGUUCGAGUACAUAAGUGGACGCUAUGUACAGGUACCAGUGCAGUUCGAAUAUAAACUCUGUGACUUUUUUUAUAAGGAUCCUUUCUUAGGGCAGAUGUACGCAAAACAAUUGCCUCCGAACUGGACCUGUCCUUUUCCUGCAUGUAUUUUUUUAUUCAGCGUAGGCAUUUGGCCGCUAUCACGCUUGUUGGUGAGCGAUGAUGCGAUGGAGCACGCCUACCAUCUGAAGCAACCUAUUCCCUCAGGCCUUGAAGACAUCCAGGCUUAUAGCCCUUUAGGGACCACAGACUGCUACAAAGAAUUCCUCUUCUUAGUGGUUCUGAUUAUAAAAUUGGAGGCGAACGGCAUAUAUUACAACGACAUACUAGUUUAA